AUGGAUCUAAAGAUCUCUCAAGCCACAUCCCGUGUCACUUUUCACGAGUCAUCAGUUGCUUACGACCACCAACAAUGGAUGAUUCAAUUCUCUAGAGUUUACAGCAAUGAAUCCGAGAAACAGAUGAGGCUUGAAGUGUUUGAGAAAAACCUGAAAUUCAUUGAGAACUUCAAUAAUAAUGGGAAUCAAAGCUACAAACUUGGUGUCAACGAGUUCACGGAUUGGACCCAAGAGGAGUUCCUUGCCACCCACACCGGUCUCAAUGGCAUUAACCUAACCUCACCAUCUGAAGUGGUUGAUGAUACGAUGCCAUCUUGGAAUUGGAACGUUAGUAAAGUCGUCGGCGAGAGCAAAGACUGGACAAAGGAAGGAGCUGUAACGCCUGCCAAAUUGCAAGGAGGAUGUGGUGGUUGUUGGGCGUUCUCAGCGAUUGCAGCGGUGGAAGGUCUGACAAAGAUUGCCCACAGAAACCUCGUAUCACUUUCCGAGCAGCAGCUUAUAGAUUGCGACAGACCGAGUAACAAUGGUUGCAAGGGCGGAACAAUGGAGGAAGCUUUCAGGUACAUAGCACAAAACCGAGGAAUUUCUUCAGAAACUGCAUACCCUUUCCAGGUGAAAGAAGGGAUUUGCCGGUCCAACGUCAAACCCGUCAUGCAGAUCAGAGGGUUCCAAAAGGUUCCACAAAACAACGAGCGUGCGUUGCUCCUGGCCGUAUCGAGACAGCCAGUCUCUGUGGGCAUUGACGUGACGAGUGCCAGUUUCGUCCAUUACGCAGGGGGAGUUCACAAUGCGCACGACUGUGGGACCAACGUGAAUCAUGCAGUGACGUUGGUUGGGUACGGGACGACAAAGGAAGGGAUCAAAUACUGGCUGGCUAAGAACUCUUGGGGUAAGACUUGGGGAGAGAAUGGUUACAUUAGACUUCGUAGAGAUGUGGAGUGGCCUCAAGGGAUGUGUGGUAUAGCUCAGUAUGCUUCUUUUCCGUAUGCGUGA